GAUAGCCAGCGAAAACCAACGCUGUCGGCCUUGAGAAGAAUGUGUGGGUAGCUUUGCUGAAUUAAACCAUGGAAGAUCCUAGUUCGUACGAGUGCACUUGUCGUGCUGGAGCUCCUUGCCAUACACUCUGAGCGUCGAUUACCUCCCCAGUCAUCGCCAAUGUUUUCUCUAGCAACAUCGACCCAGUCUCCAUCCGAACCCCUUGUUGAAUACGUGACCUAGUGCGCAAUGUCACGUCGUCCUCGAUAACUAUUCGAACAAGCUCGAAGUUUCCUCUGGUGUUCAAGUGACUGACAAUAGAAGCUACAUCGACUAAACACCUGUCGCCAAGCGUUACCAAGUCUGGCUCAGGCAUUUGAGGAUCUGCACCAGCUGGAUACAGACAACAAUCUUUUCCUAUUUUUGACCCCAAGGCUCGGUAGUACAUGCUCAUGUAAGGUGUACCGGCCAGAAGGUCAGUAACCAURAUUCUGUUGAUCUUCCUCACUUGUCCAAUAACUUGAUAAAAUUCCCAGUUUUGCCCGUAUUUCGACUCAUGCCAAUUGAAUCGMCCCUCGCUUCGCAAUCCGACAAAGAACCACUUUGCAGAGAUCUCAAUCGCGAAACAAAGCAUGGUACGAAUAGCGUGGGUAAAAAUAAAAAUACCGAACAUCGUUGCGUAUAGUUGCAGUCCGUUGUAGAGCUCGUCGUCGUAGUAGCGCCCUGCUAGCUGCCAUCCGUACAAGAGUCCACCGGUAAUGUGCAGAGCAGCUAACAAUGGGAACGAGUGCACCAUUGCGAAAAUGAUAUUACAGAGACAUCGAUACAUAAUCAUCAAAUAGGGCGGAAAGACGAAGUAGUUGGCCUCUCCACGAGCUGUAGCUCUGCCGAAGGGACGUAUGGUUGUCUCGUCUCCUUCAAAAGAUAAAUCUUUUUCUUUCAUGUCAACCGAUAACAUGACUUCCUUUGCAUYAGCUUCGGUCCCCGGCUCAAGAACCAUAGGCUCUCCACCUCGAGAACCAAGGUAAAUACUGGCCUCGGGUAGAUAGCGUCCUGCAGGGCAAACUGUGUUGGAUCCCAAUACAGCGUUUUUCCCAAUGAUAGCUCCGGGAAGUACAAUAGUGUUGUCGGAAAUAUUCGAUCCUGCGCAGAAUAUAACCUUUUCGGAUGUAUCUAAAGUUGACGUGAGGAUAACACUUCUCGAGCCRAAGACGACRUCAUCUCCAACUUCCAACAAAUCGAACUCGCCAGUAAAGACUGGUUGGUUCCCAGGCCAAAAUACUCUCUUUCCAAUUUUUGCCCCCAACAACCUAUACAAACAGCUCACUGGCUCGAAAUGCCUUCCAAGCAUGUCGGUCAUUUGUUGCAUGUUCUCUCGGGAAAAAAGGGUCGCUGACAAAAAGUGACGUGCCAGAGUCCAUUGGCUAGUAAUAUCUCUUGGCCCUGGCUUGAAUUUACCAAUGACGCACCACUUGGUAAAAAUAGCAGCUGCCAUAUAAAARUAUGGCGCAACAGUCGACCGUGCAAUUCGGAUUAAAAUAUAAUAAGGAAUCCGUCUGGGUUCGCACAACCAUUCCAUCAAGUCGCCCAUCGUGCUGAAACCUUCAUCGUGAACUUGAUAGUGCAUUUUCACUAAAUAGUACAGGACAUACAUGGCCGGAAGAUGAGAAAAGGUAUUGACGAAAAACAUCACAGGAUGACACACAAAAACCUGCAUCCACCAAGCGGGUUCUGGGACGGCAUAGCGAUUAUAAUGAACAUGUCGAUCAUCGUUGUGGGUUAUCUCGUAACUGGAAGUUCCAGGUCCAACAUGCGCGUUAGUAGGUACUUUCGUGUAGGGGGCGACAACAGAUCGGACACCGAUGCUGGCCCAGUCGUCGACACAGACAGGGCCCAUGAUCAUGGCCCCUCUAUCAAGUCCAAAACCGCGAACUGUUGAAUAUUCAAUCUUUGCACCAUUUCCAAUUGUCACAAGGUCGAAUUCGGCGAUCUCGGCAUCGACUGAAAUAUGAGCUCCUGCUCCAAUUGUCGCACCGAGAAUUCGAWAAUACAWGCACAGUGUCCAAUUACUAGUUCCCCACACACCACGUCCAAUGAUCUUGCGGCAAACAUCUACAAACCACCAUCUCAAGUAAUACGAUCCCCAUAUCGGAUAUCGCCCCUCCUUGUACUUGCCAAUGACAGCCCAUUUGAUCAACACAAAAAUCAGUGGUGUUACUAAAGUCCAGAAGAAAUGGAAGCCCACUAAUGUAAGGAUAAACUUGUAGAUGUUUCGUUCUCCCGGAACACGCUGCAGAAUGAGCAAUAAACUCAUAAAAAAUAG